UUCUCUGUGGGGUCGUAAUUAGUUCAGUUCCAACGAAGUGAAUCUGAACAGAACACAAAAAAAAAACUCAUCUUCGAUCUGCAAUGGCGGAAGCUUCUAACUCCGACACCGGCAAAGAGAACCCGACAUUCAAGAUCCGAAGGCUGGAGAUCUCCGACAAGAGAAAAGGAUACAUGGAGCUCCUCGGUCAACUCACCGUCGCCGAACCACUCACCGACGACGAAUUCGAUCAACGAUUCCAAGAGAUCAGCUCCUACGGAGACGACCACUUGAUCUGCGUGAUCGAAGACGAGUCUUCAGGAAAAAUCGCGGCGACGGGGAGCGUGAUGAUAGAGAAGAAGUUUUUAAGGAGCUGCGGGAAAGUCGGGCACAUCGAGGACGUGGUCGUUGACUCUGAGUUCCGCGGGAAGCAUCUCGGGAAGAGAGUCGUCGAGUUUCUGACGGAUCACAGCAGAUCCAUGGGUUGCUACAAGGUGAUUCUCGACUGUAGCGUGGAGAAGAAGGUGUUUUACGAGAAGUGUGGGAUGUUCAAUAGAGGGAUUCAGAUGUCCAAGUACUUUUGAUUGAAACUUUGUUUUUGCUUUUGUCUUUUUAUAUGAAAGUCUCUGUCUUUUUAA